CAUGGUUUACAUUGCAAGCACGUGACCCCAGCUUUAUUAUUAAGCUAGUUCAACAGUUCGCUUCGCCUCAUCACACCAAAGCCACCACAACCAGCAACUCUUCAAAUAGCAACCUGAUCCCCAGCUGAAGAUGCACCAACCCAUAUUUUGUCGUUGACGCUUACUGGGACUGAUCCUUUAUUUCAGCCACGAUACCAGAAAUCGACCUGACCGCUAACGGAGAAUCACGACCGGAGGCAGGACAAGAUGACCGUGCCUCAGCCGGCGGAUGCCUCGAUUGAGGGGCUUGCCGAAAGUGCGUCAUUGGGUGCUGUGAACUGCCUGGGAGUAAUCGAACUAGCACCAAGUAUCAAACCAGGUUGCGGUGGGAUUUUCUCUCCGUCUGCAUUAAAGCCAAUCGCUGACGUUGUCGUUGAAGACUUGCAGCAGAAAUGGUAUCCUGCGCUGGAAGCCACGCAAAGCAGCAUCCAUGACAGUGCAUCAAACGAGUUCGCAGCAUUUGAUUUCUCGCAAGGUAUGGACAAUUCAAGGAUGCUAUUGAAUAAACGUCAACCUUACCUUUACCAAGAUCUUCAGCUUUCAGAAUAUGGGAUUUUCAACGCAACAUGUGAUCCGCCUAUGUCUUUUCGGGAUCGGCAUCGGUUCUUGUAUGGAAUUUUCAAUUCCUACCCGGACUCGGACUUGAUAACAGCCAAGGAGAUUGGCAAUGUUGCUCGUAAAGUGGGUCUUUUGAGGGAAGAGGUUCUGUCAUGGUUUGAGGAUGAGAAAUCGAGAAGGACGGAGCUUCUUGCAAAGCCUCAGCACAGAGAACAGAGGUUGGGCCAAUUCCCGCCGUCCCCCGAGACCAUAAGAGCCACUAGCGAAAACAGUUCUUCUUCUUCAACAUACAAUGCUGCCUCUCCUGGCGCACAAUCGCAAUCACUGGACAUAUUUUUACUCUCUCCAGUAGUUAACGACCAAAAGAGACUGGCCCCUCCUGCUCCAAAGCGUGGGAGACCAGCCAAGGGGCACGUCGAGACUGAAUCUGAUCUUUCCUUGCCAGAUGCAAAACGCAGGAAAAUCUCGAUAAAGUACCCGUGUCCUGAUUGUAGGAAUAUUGAUGCUCUAGAACGCUGGGCUGAACCCAUCGACCGAAAGGAUUUCCCGGAAAACGUUUGGGAAUGCCCUAAAACCAACCCACGAACUGGGAAACCAUGUUCAUCAAAUCGCAGGCCGUUUUAUCGGCAUGACAACUUUGCAACACACUUGAGAGGCGAGCACAACUGCCCUGAUUCAGAGGUUGUUGAGUUGAAGCGAACUUGCAAGUUCGAAGUAACAGACUUCUUCCAUAAGAUCUGUGGGUUUUGUGAAAAGAAAUUGGAAACUCGAGAUGAAUAUAUUGAGCAUGUCAAAGGCCAUUUCAUGGUACUAUCUCGAAGACCCGAUCCACCAGCUGAUUUCGGUCUUUCCCUUUGGAAAGAAAAAUGCGGCUUUGACCGCAAACUCCAACUCGGCAUCCACUACCGAAGAAGCCCAGUUUCAAAUUCAGGCCCUCGGAAUGAGGGUCACGAUCAUGAUGAGGAUGAGAAUGAAGGCUCCGGUGAUGGCACUUCAGACAAUCCUGGCCCAGGUAGUUCAGACUUCCGACCGAAUAAUAACCACGACAACGAAGAUAGAGAAGACAGUUCGGAAACCCAAGGCCACCAUAGCUCGGACUUUCAAUUCAAUAACAACAGCCAUGAGCUACCGAAUUUUUUGUCACACCAGCCUGUACCAAGUCUGUACACCCAGGGCAGACCGCCGGGAUCCCCUGAGUCGCACGGAUCACAAUAUCCAUAUCAUACUUCGCGACGACAAUCUACGGACUCUUGCAGCUACCACGACAACUUCAACAGUGACCAACCUAAAGAGAAAGGGCGUUGCACAUAUCCGGACUGUGGCAAGCUGUUCAAAGAUCUCAAAGCCCAUAUGCUGACUCAUCAACACGAACGACCCGAAAAAUGCCCGAUUCAAACCUGCGAUUAUCACACCAAAGGAUUUGCUAGGAAGUACGACAAGAAUCGUCAUACUUUGGGUCACUUUAAAGGUAGAAUGGUCUGUGGCUUUUGUCCUGGUAGCGGUUCUCUCACAGAAAAGUCAUUUAGUCGUACAGACUUCUUCAAACGCCACCUCACCAUUGUUCAUGCAGUAGAACAAACGCCCCCGAAUAGCCGGAUGAAGAUUUCAAGUAGCAAGAGGCUUUCAGACUAUGGACCUCAUGCUACGGGCAAGUGUUCAACUUGCCAAAUGACAUUCAAUAACGCCCAAGAUUUCUAUGAGCAUCUCGAUGACUGUAUUCUUCGGGCGGUUCAAGAAGGAGUCUAA